AUGCUCCGUGCCCGCUCUGGAGCCCAGAUGCUCCGGAGACGAUUCGGUUCUGUACGCAAUCCAAAUGUUCGUACGUUGGCAUCCACAUCACAUAGAAGCGAGAAACGCUAUUACCCACCACCAGAGCCCUUCGUCAGCAGUGUCGGCGAUAGCAUCUCGAUCGAGUCCUCUCCCUUCUCCACCUUUGGCGCAUCCCCGGACCUUCUAACUCACUACCUCUCGCUUCAACCUGCGCCGCUCACCCUGCGCCAGCUCAUGGCGCAAGGCGGAAAGCCUGGGCAAGCGCUUACACCCGAACGACUUGUGCUUUCGGCGCAACAUACACAUCGAGAGCUGCCCAUUCGUCUAGCAAGGAGAGUCGGCGGGUUUCGUGCGCUACCUUUCAUCGUCGGCAGCAAUCCGUUCAUCUCGAGAAUCGCGCGGCUCUACGCAUCCAGUUUCGAAACUCUGGUCAAGUUCGGCCAGAUUCAGACGCAAGAGGACAACCAACGAUUUACCGACGUCAUCGAGGAUCUGGUUUCUGCACAUGCGCAAAACAUCCCGACGCUAGCUAGAGGGUUUCAAGAGUCGAGAAAGUAUAUGGACGCACGUCAGAUCUCGGCGUUUCUCGAUGCAGCAAUUCACUCUCGGAUCGCGAUUCGCAUGAUUGCCGAACAGCAUCUGGCACUUUCGGCUACGUCGAACGAUUCAGGCCAUCUGGCGCCGAGAUCGACCAACCACGCUUCGCACCAUGACAGCUACCACGAAUCUGCGCACUACCGCCUCGACCCAGACCUGCCGGCCGAAGGAACCAGCAAGCAGGGACAUCAUGAGUAUGGCAGUCCCACGGCGGUUGGAAUUAUCGAGACGCAGCUCAGUCCGGCACGCAUGACGCGGAUGUGCGCUGCAUUUGUGCGCGAUCUGUGCGAAGGCACGCUGGGCGCUGCACCAGAACUGAUAUUGGAAGGUGACCUAGACGUAACGUAUACCGGCGUACCUGUCCAUCUGGAAUAUGUCAUGACCGAACUCCUGAAAAACUCGUAUCGGGCGACCACAGAGAAUUACUUUCGAUCGCAAGCGUCGGGUUCAAUGCCCCCGGUGAUUGUGACUAUUGCUCAAUCGGCCAACCACGUGUCGCUGCGAAUUCGAGAUCAGGGUGCGGGCAUCUCGCCUCUGAAUCUCCCGCACGUGUUCAGCUACGCCUUUACCACGGCGGGUAGUGGAAGCAAGCUCGAGGAUGCAGAGGAGACUGGUGGCGGGCCGUAUGCGAUGCAAGCCGUAGGUGGCACGGGCGGAGACGCGUUAGCAGAGAUGGGUAAGAUGGGUCUUGCGUCCGGCUUAGGUACAUUGGCUGGCUUAGGAUAUGGACUGCCUAUGGCGAGGAUCUAUGCCGAAUACUGGAAGAACGGCUCGGCGUUGGAUCUUGUCUCGUUGUACGGCCAUGGAUGUGAUACUUUUGUCAAGUUGCCAAGGCAUAUCGAGCUGUCGAAUACUGUCAUCUGA